AUGGCGGUAAAUGCUGAUGUAACCGUUCGACGUGAAGUUCCGUGGCAUUUGGUACCGAACGUUCCUCGACCCAGUCAAGUGCCUCCUUGUUACACGGCAUUUGGGUCCAAAGGUUUUCCGGUAUGCAAAGAGGGGGCUGUUACUUGCUGUUCGCGACCUGCAAGAACGCACCGAAGAUACCUCUACGCCACACUCUACUAA